AUGGAAAACAAACCUAGAGAAGGAUAUUUUCUUGUGACCUUUGUGGUGUUCUUACUGCUAGCAAAUUGUCAUGGAUGUUAUGGUGCCAGUAGUGGACAUGAAAUUUGGGAUUACCUGUUUCUCAAUGGUACAUACAACAACGAAGUGAGGCCAGUGAAGGAUUGGGGCACACCAACACAUGUAAACGUCAGCGUUGCCGUUAUAGCGGUGGUUGAUUUCAAUGAAGUUAAGCAAACAAUUAUUCUUACUUCCAAGUUAACAAUUGUUUGGAAAGAUGAAUAUUUGGUCUGGGAUCCGCUUAAUUUUGGAAAUAUCACUCAUAUCCAUGUUCUUCAAUCAAAAGUCUGGAAACCGUACUUGUUUCUUGAAAAUUCUGUAUCUAAACAACCAGAUAUGGGCUCCCCGUCUGUAAAUUUAAUAGUGAGUCAUGAGGGUGUCGUUGAAUGGAAUCCAGUAGAAGUGUUCAAGUCAACUUGUGCAGCAGAUGUUCGGAAAUUCCCGUUUGACACACAAAAAUGCUCAAUGGUUUUUGAAACCCAGGGGUAUACAAAUCAAGAAAUAGAAAUACAUUCAGUUGAAGACCACAUUGACUUUCACGGUUAUGGGAUUACUUCCGGCUGGUAUGUAGAGGACACAGAUAUUGAGACCAAAAGUGAAAAUGGUGCAGAAAUUCACAUAUUAUGCUCACUCACUUUGAGACGGAAUCCAACAUAUUUCAUCUUGAAUAUUUUUUUACCGAUCGUGCUUUUGUCAUUUAUGAACCUAUGUGUAUUCAUACUUCCUGUCCAGUCGGGAGAAAAGGCUAGUUUUGUGAUCACUGUGUUUCUUUCACUUGCCGUUUUUCUAACUAUUGUAAGCAGCAAUCUACCCGAAAACACCGACAAUGUAUCGAUCCUUAAUAUAUAUGUAUGUAUCUGCACGCUGCUCAGUGUAAUCAUCGCUUUUCUGACCAUCAUACAAAUACGACUGUAUCAUCGAGACUCGAACAUGCCAAUUCCACCUCUGCUGCUUAAACUGGUCAUCUUGUUUACCUCAAAGGGACGACGCAUUCACAAAGGUAGCACUGAUACAAUUCCAAAUAAAGCAGUACAAAAACAGCAGAAGAAGAAUAUCAUUGAUGUUAUUCCUUUGGAUGAUACUAUACGUGAUGAUAAAAAUAAAGACGUGGCCAGACGUGGCCAGAUGUUGUACAGGCAUUUGAUAAUAUUUUCCUGGUGGUAUUUUUGA